AUGCUGCCUGGAGAGGAGUGUUGCGUCCCCAUGGUCUCAACGGCUCCAAUGACAGUGGGCUGCUCCUUCUGCGAACCUGUACAGAACACGACUCCUCCUGACGAACACCUUCUUCUGACUCCCAAUGCGAGAGACGGCCACCUGAAUGCUCCCUCGGCCGCGACUCUAGCACCUGCUGGACUAUGUCCUCGUCCGGAAGCGGGACCGGCGGGACAAAGGCAGUCCCGGGUGCCAACGGGUGGACCGACCAUCGCCUCGUCAUCUCGAAGAUGCGGAUUCGCCUGCAGCCUCGCAGGAAACCUCAAGGUAAGUGACAGCCAGAUAAGCUGAAUAUUGCCUUGUUGUCUUUGCCUGCUUACCAUCUCCAUUUCAACAUCGAGCUAGUUCAACGGCUGGCCAACAUUCCAGUCGCCGCCGCCGUUGACGACAACGCCUCCGUGGAGAACCGAUAGUGUCAAUCGGGGGACACAGUCCAGUCGACGACCCUGGCCAUCUUCGUUUGCGUAAGUCGCCAACACCAGGAUUGAUUCGACUACAGCAACGCCGUCAUCAGCAGCCGGCUCGCAGAGAAGAACAGUCUACACAAAGCCUACGUCACUCGCCCCACCGACGACAACAAAGCAGCCUUCUAUCUCAGCGGUUGAGCGAAAUGAAGGAUGCGUGGACGGCUCGCGAAGUAGAGUAUAUCCAAGGGUACACGGAACGCAAAGAAUGGAAAAACGUCUUUGUCGCGACCCAAAGUCCUCUACGAUCCGUCAAUGAAAGCUACUGCACCUCUUCUCAGCGCCGACGGCAGUGCCCUAAUCACUGAGAGGACACAAAUUCUACAGCAAUGGGCCAUGCACUUCCGAGGCGUUCUCAACCGUCUCUCCACCAUCUCGAACGCCGCCAUCGCCGUCUGCCUCAAUUGGAGACCAACGCCGACAUCGACCUCCCGUACUCUUUUCACGAAACCAUCAGGGCCGUACAGUAGCUCUCCAGCGGGAAAGCGCGCGGAUCGGACGCGAUCCUUGCUGAGAUCUACAGGUACGGUGGUCCCCAACUCAUGGAUCAUCUGACGGCACUCUUCCAGAAGAUGCAGCGCUAAGGAGAAUUCCUGCAGGAUUUCAAGGACGCAACGAUCGUCCAUCACUAUAAGCGGAAAGAUAAUCGCCGGCUCUGUGACAACCAUCGAGGCAUCUUUUUACUGGCAUCGUUGGAAAAACCUUCGUUCGCAUCCUUCUCGGCCGUCUUAACAACGACCCAGAGCAAGGUCUCCUGCCGGAAAGUCAGUGCGGCUUCCGCCGUCAUCGUGGAACCACGGACAUCAUCUAUGCUGCCCGCCAAAUGCAGGAGAAGUGUCAGGAGACAGUCAUGCGGAAAAUCAUGCAGAAAUUGGGCUGUCCCGAAUGAUUCAUUCAAAUGGUGCGUCAGCUUCACGACGGCAUGAUGGUGCGAGUCACGGACAGUGGAGCUGUCCCAUAGGCGUUCGCAGUGACCAACGAAGGGAAGCAGGGCUGCGUCCUCGCGCCUAUCGUCUUCAGUCUCAUGUUCUCUACCAUGCUGACGGACGCCUACUGUGACGAACGCCCCGGGAUCCGCAUCGCCUACAGGACGGAUGCUCAACUACUAAACCACCAGAGGAUGCACUUUCAAUCGUGCGUAUCCACAAGCACAGUUCACGAACUUCUGUUUGCCAAUGAGUGCACCUUAAACUAAACUACUGAAGGAGACCUGCAAAGAAGCAUGGACCUUUUCUCCUCCGCCUGCGAGAACUUCGGUCUGAUCAUGAACACGGGGAAGCCGGUGGUCAUGCACUAACCGCCAUCCAACACUGCCCACAAUGCUCCGCAAAUUACCGUAAAUGGAACCCAACUGCUGGUGGUGGACAACUUCACGUAUCUUCCGCAGAACCAAACUCGAUGAUGAAAUGGCCCACCGAAUGUCAAAGGCCAGUCAAGCCUUCGGUCGUCUUCAAAACACAGUUUGGAAUCGUCACAGUCUUCAACUCAGCACGAAACUGAAGAUGUACAAGACCGUUGUUGCUGUAUGGAACAGAGACCUGGCCAGUGUACAUGAAGCAGGCACGUAGACUGAACCACUUCUAUUUCAGUUGUCUUCGCGAAUACUGAAGCUGAGUUGGCAGGACCGGAUCCCAGACACGGACGUACUGGAGCGAACGGGAAUCCUCAACGUCUACGCUAUGCUAAGACAAUUGCAGCUACAUUGGAGCGGCCACCUAGUACGGAUGGACGACGAGAGACUACCCAAACUACUCUUCUAUGGAUAUGUCGCGACGGGUUCACGCAGACAAGGAGGUCAAGUCCGUCGCUAUAAGGAUACUCUGAAAGCCUUCCUGAAGUGCCUGCAGAUCAACCCUACAAAUUUGGACUGACCUACGUGAAGAACAGUAAUGAGAGGCGUAACAAUCUUCGAAGCCAACCGCAUCACCGCCGUCAAAGCCAAACUAGAGACACGCAAAUCUCCACUGACGCCGCUGCCGCCUCACAACGCCCAAGCCCAACCGCCUCCAACGUGUCCAUGAUGUCAACGGACAUCCCGGGCGCCAAUUGGAUUUGCUGGACACCUCCGGACCAACUGCGGCACCCGGACUGCACCAACCACCGUCUCUCCGUCCACUUCUUCCUCGCCUCUCACGCCGUCAACUAACGUUGAUUGUCCUCCCAAACCACCACUACCAUCCUUCUCCCCUCCCCUCCCCCUCUUUCACCGCCUCAAUGUCUGCCGCUGUGGCGUCUGCCAUGGCCAUCGUCACUAUAAACAAUCCUGACAUGCCAACAAACACCAACACUACCACCGUCAACACCUGUGACGAGGAUCGGGUUUAUACUUGUUCUCAUUUCUAUCGCACCUUUACCUCACACAUCGACCUGGUCGGACACUUGCAAAUCCAUCGCACAGAGACUGGUGAACCAGUGCCUGCAGCACCAGUCUACAAUCGCCUCGUCCGCCUCUACUGUCCACAUUACACUGUCACAUUUAUUCACCGCAUGGUCUAUUAG